AUGGCUCCAGUUGGAGGUGGAAACAUUAAGGUUGUUGUGAGGGUGAGACCGUUCAAUAACAGAGAGAUUGAACGACGCGCAAAAUGCAUUGUUCACAUGAAGGACACCCAGACUGUCCUGACGCCUUCUGGAGAAGUCGAGAAUCAUGAUCGACAUCGCGGCGGCAAGCCGGCCAAGGGCCAAGGUGGAGAUGGGCACAAGACCUUUGCUUUUGACAAGAGUUAUUGGUCAUUCAACAAAAAGGACUCCCAUUUUGCUGGGCAAGACGAUCUCUUCGGAGACCUGGGUCGGCCAUUGCUGGACAAUGCCUUUCAAGGAUACAACAACUGUAUUUUUGCGUAUGGUCAAACGGGCUCUGGAAAAUCGUAUUCGAUGAUGGGUUAUGGCGAGGAAGCAGGAGUCAUACCCAGAAUUUGCCAGGACAUGUUUGAGCGAAUCGCGGGGUUGCAACAGGAGAACGGAAACCUAAACUGCACCGUCGAAGUCUCAUACCUGGAAAUCUACAAUGAACGUGUCCGCGACCUGCUCAACCCUUCGACGAAGAGCAAUCUUAAAGUUCGUGAACACCCGUCAACUGGACCGUACGUGGAGGAUCUAGCCAAACUGGUCGUUCGCUCGUUUCAGGAGAUUGAGAACCUCAUGGAUGAGGGUAAUAAGGCGCGAACCGUAGCCGCGACGAACAUGAACGAAACAUCAAGUCGUUCUCAUGCCGUCUUUACGCUGACGUUGACUCAGAAGCGUCACGAUGUGGAAACAAGCAUGGACACCGAAAAGGUUGCCAAAAUCAGCCUCGUCGAUUUGGCUGGCUCAGAACGAGCAAAUUCAACCGGAGCAACUGGAGCACGAUUGAAGGAAGGUGCAGAGAUUAAUCGUUCCUUGUCCACUCUCGGUCGUGUAAUAGCGGCUCUAGCGGACGUGUCCGCUGGGAAAAAGAAGAAUUUGUCCAUGGUUCCAUAUCGUGACUCGAUUCUAACAUGGCUGCUCAAGGAUUCGCUAGGAGGUAAUAGCAUGACUGCCAUGAUUGCUGCCAUCUCUCCCGCGGAUAUCAACUAUGAAGAGACCCUUUCGACAUUAAGAUAUGCUGAUUCCGCCAAACGUAUCAAGAACCAUGCAGUCGUUAAUGAAGAUCCAAACGCGCGGAUGAUACGCGAACUAAAGGAGGAGCUGGCGCAAUUGAGAUCGAAAUUAACCAGCGGUGGAGGUGGCGGAGGGGGCGUAGCUGUCCCUGCGGACGAGCAGUACGCGCCAGAUACGCCUCUUGAGAAGCAGAUUGUCUCAAUAACCCAAUUGGAUGGUACGGUCAAGCGGGUAUCCAAGGCUGAAAUUGCAGAACAGCUCAGUCAAUCGGAGAAGCUGUACAAGGACCUUAAUCAGACCUGGGAAGAAAAACUCCAGAAAACGGAAAAGAUUCACAAAGAGCGAGAAGCUGCUCUUGAGGAACUUGGCAUUAGCAUUGAAAAAGGGUUUAUUGGCCUUUCAACGCCCAAGAAGAUGCCACACUUGGUCAAUCUCAGCGAUGAUCCGUUGCUCGCCGAAUGUUUGGUAUAUAAUAUUAAGCCUGGGACAACAACUGUUGGUAAUGUCGAGACCGCUACCACAGCAGAGAUACGUUUGAACGGGUCUAAGAUCCUACAUGAGCACUGCACGUUCAGAAACGUUGACGGGAUAGUCACGGUUGUGCCGAACGAUAAUGCGGCCGUCAUGGUGAACGGGUUACGUAUUGAUCAGCCCAAACGACUGCGAAGCGGCUACCGUGUCAUUCUUGGAGACUUUCACAUAUUCCGCUUCAAUCAUCCUCAGGAGGCACUUGCAGAGAGAGCAGAACAGACAAGCUUGUUACGACACUCGGUUACGUCAAGUCAGAUUGGAUCCCCAGGACCUCGUACAAAUGGGCAUGAGAGGACCAUCAGCAGGACAAACUCUGAACUUGAACUCGAUAGCAGUGCGCCAUCAUCGCCUUUGCCUCGGCGAUACGGAGAAGAUUUCGACUGGUCAUACGCGAGAAGGGAGGCUGCGCGAGCAAUUCUUGGGCCGGAUCAAAAGAUAUCUGAUUUGGCAGACGAGGAAUUGGACCAUUUAUUUGAAGACGUGCAAAAAGCCAGGGCGUUCCGAAGAGGAUUCCCAGAGAGUCGCCUAGAGCAGGAAGACGAUAACGAGUCAGCGACUUCAUAUCCCUUCAGAGAAAAGUAUGCUUCCACUGGGACAGCGGACAGUUUCUCUGCCGAUACGGCUCUGACCUUCCCUUCUACCCCUCGGGAAGGUGAGGCUGAUGAUAGGCUGCGGGCGGCACACGAGGAGAUGCAGAGUCAGCUCGGGAAGCAGAAGCAAGAUUUUCAGGAUGGGCUAAGGGAGUUGGAGACUACAGACACAAAUGCCAGCGAUGUUCAGGGCAAGGAGGGGCGCUUGGAAGAGGCUCUAAAGGCCACAAGGGCGGAGAUGCAGGCACAGAUGGAGCAGCAGAAAGCACAAUUCGAGGAACGUUUGCGACAGAUGAGCGAGCAGGAUCCGAAACAAACAACGAAUCGCAAUCUGCUGUACCGAGACAAGGAGCUUGCCGUGGCAAAAGACAGCUUCCAGCAUUGGAGGCGCCGGAAAUAUGUACGCAUGGCGGAAUCCAUUCUGCAAAAUGCCGCGGUUUUGAAAGAAGCACAGGUAAUGAGCCAAGCCAUGGACAAGAAUGUUGUGUUUCAAUUUGCUAUUCUUGACGUUGGACACACUUUUGCUUCGUCCUACGACCUAGUGCUCAGUGAUAUUGCUGGCGAGGAUGACGAGGCAUUAGACGAUGCGGGCAAACCAUGCGUUGGGGUUAGAGUCUUGGAUUAUAAGAAUUGUGUCAUCCACCAUUGGUCUCUAAAAAAGCUGGAAGACCGAGUGCGGUCGAUGCGUCAGAUGUAUCAAUAUAUUGAUCGGCCAGAAUACCUACAGCAUUUCCGGCUAGAGAAUCCGUUCUCUGAGGCGUUUUUGCCAAGAUACUCUCUUGUGGGCGACACUGAUGUUCCUCUCACUGCAGUUUUUGAAUUAAAAGUGCAAGACUUUGAGUUGGAUAUAAUAUCACCGUACACGUCGAACGUUGUUGGCAUUCUCAAGUUCUCGCUGGAGCCAUCCUCUGCGGAGGCUCCGUCAUCGACGCUGAAGUUCAACGUGGUGAUGCAUGAGAUGACUGGUUUUGCAGAGCGCGAAGGAACGGAGGUACAUGCACAACUUUUUGUACCAGGAAUAUCCGACGAAGGCGGUGCAACCACGACGCAGAUGAUAGCUGACUUUGAUGAAGGUCCUGUGAGGUUUGAGAGUGUUCAUAGCAUGAGCAUACCACUCUCGAGUCCAAGGACGGCUUCGCUGCGGAUAGCAAUCUUUGCCAAGAUUACACCGAUGCACCUCGACAUGCUGCUAAGUUGGGACGACAUGCGCGAUUCUGCGCCGCGGAGGAAGCAGAAGAAGAAUGCUCGGAUUCCAGAGACGGAAUUUUAUGCCGAGGAGCGGCAUGAUAUCUUUUCAAGGCUGCAAAUUUUGGAAUUAUCUGAGCAAGGUGACUACGUACCAGUCUCCGUAUUGCAGAGUAACCCACUCGACGCUGGUGCCUUUCAACUCCACCAGGGUUUGCAACGGCGGAUCGUCGUGCAGCUAACGCACAGCUCGGGCGAUGCACUGGAGUGGAACAAUAUUUCACUGUUGCGCGUUGGAAACAUUCGCCUCGUUGAUCCGCUUGGCAAAGUUCCUGAUCUCAGCCCUCCAACACCAGAUAUUCCUCUCAAAGUGUUUUCCGAGCCCGUUGUUAAGCAAAACGCCAAUGGAACGAGCAAUGUCACUAUUUGCGGACAAUGGGACUCCAGUGUUCAUGAGUCUCUCCUUCUUGACAGAGUGACAGCCGACAAAUACCGCGUACAAAUGACGAUUCUAUGGAAUGUCCCGUCAGCCCGACUUACGGAGCCGGUUGAGUUUUCAUUAGAUGUAUCGGUACAGAUUCAGCCGCGAGCUGCCCCUCAGCCAUCCAUAUUCAUGCAGCUCUGGAGCACUGUGCGGACGGUGCAUUGCGUGGUGGGUAUGUUCUCACUCGCUAUCCGUCCGACGUCUGCGAAACGGGCCGUGGAUCUAUGGCGGAUGAAUACACAGCACGACUAUGUCAAAGGAGAAGAAUUGCUCACUGGCUGGGCCCCAAGAGGCGUGUCUCUUGUCAGAGAUUACAUCGCUGCACGGAAACGUAGACGAAGAGUUGCCGAGAUUGAGACAGCCAGGGGCGUGCUUACGAGUAAAGCUCUGAGCCCUCCUGAACCUCGUUCUUCCUCCAGCGUUCCUCCAUCUGAUUCAAAGGAUGCUCCCGUUCCUGCAGCCGAGAAUAACGUACUCUCAGGAGCAGUAGAUGGAUCGGCAGAUGAAAACGAGUCACAACUUGAUCAAACACAGGAGCAAGACCAAAGUUUGCAGGACCAGGACCUGGAGCAAACACUUUACUCUCCACACGAAGAAGAGCUUCUCAGAAAAUAUGUUUGUCUAUGGCAAAGCUACCGAGACGACCCUGGCGAAAAGAUUCUCUCACAACAAAACACGGAACCACCUCAACAAGGCGCCGCCUUUGCUCUGGGAACCCCGGAUGGAGAAAAUGCCGCUGGACCCCCAACUCUAGUUGCUGAGGUCCAGCACAUUGCCAAAAACCCCUCCGUCCUCAAAUCCGGAACCCUAUUAACCCCCAACGAGUCCAACACGCACUGGGUCCGGCGACACGUCGAGCUACGCCGACCAUACCUGCACGUCCAUUCUGUCCCGCCAGAUGGCGACGGCGACGAAAUUGACGCCAUCAACCUGAGCAACGCGCGCGUCGAUCACCAGCCGCAAAUUGCAAAACUGCUUCGCGGAAGACAGAAUGUGUUUGCCAUUUACGCUCCGCAGAAUACAUUCCUCUUUGCGGCCCGCACCGAGCGUCAGAAGAUUGAGUGGAUUCUGAGAAUCGACCAGAGCUAUUUUGGUAAUGGAAACGGCAGUGGGAGUAUGAGUGGUAGUGAGUACGAGGGCGAGCAGUGA